AACUUUCGGUGAUGUGCUCUAAUUGAUUGUGGCACGGUAAUUCUGUGAAGAGUACAGUUACGUAUUUACCGUUAUGGAAAUUGAAUGCAUGGUUUGGCCUUCUGAGUUCUGACCUCUCACGUGAAUUUUGCAUGUAACCCUUCGGCAACACCAAAAACCAGCUCGCGGGCCGCUAGAAACCAUUCGUAAUUCACGUGGGUUUACAUAGGGUCCAAUUCCCCAAAGGCCAUAUCUCAAAAGGCCCAAAGAAAGCCCGUUUGGUUGGCCACUAACUUUCCUUAACAGUAAAUCCCAAUAUAUUACACGCCAAGUCGCCAACUACUUCACAUUCAGUUGGCGGCGGCGGCGGGAGAAAUCAGAAGCAGCGGCAACUCAUCGUCCAUCACCGGCCGCCAGAAUCCCUUCCAUCGCUAGCUCAGCUCUGAAAGAUUCGUUCGAAGGAGGAGUCUCAAGCUUCUCCAUUCUUGGCUUCUUGCCCAGAUUUUUGAGUUCUCAUUGGAGCAAGAUGAGUUCCCUCCAGAUGGCUUCCGGCGUCGCGGUGUCUCAGGCCUUCAAUCCCCGCCAAUUGGCAUUCAAUCCAGAGCGGUUACCAUCUCGAGGAAUCAGAUUCCAAGGGAAAAAAGCAGCAAUCGUCUCGUGUGUCAACGUGGACGUCAAGCCUUCGCCGGAGAUUGCCGCUAAAAAAAUGGAGGGUAAUGGAAGCAAGGAGAUAAUGGAGGCGGAAGCGAAAUUGAUUGUGGGAACUUACGCCAGAGCUCCCCUGGUGCUCGCCAGUGGCAAAGGGUGUAAAUUGUACGAUGUGGAAGGGCGGGAGUACUUGGAUUUGACAUCGGGGAUCGCAGUGAAUGCUUUGGGACACUGCGAUUCCGACUGGCUUAAGGCUGUGAUUGAGCAGGCUAAUCUGUUGACUCAUGUCAGCAAUGUCUACUACUCUGUCCCUCAGGUUGAGCUAGCCAAGCGUCUGGUGGCUAGUUCAUUUGCUGAUCGGGUGUUCUUCUCGAACUCUGGGACUGAAGCCAAUGAGGCUGCGAUUAAGUUUGCAAGGAAGUUCCAGAGGCACUCAAACCCUGAUGCCAAAGAGCCAGCGACUGAAUUCGUCUCUUUCAGUCAUAGUUUCCAUGGCAGGACGAUGGGUGCACUUGCUCUGACGAGCAAGGAACAGUAUAGAACCCCCUUUGAACCUGUCAUGCCUGGUGUUAACUUUGUGGAGUUUGGAGAUAUAGAAGCCUCGAAGAAGUUGAUACAACGAGGCAAGACUGCUGCGGUUUUUGUUGAGCCGGUCCAAGGUGAAGGAGGGAUAUACAGCGCGAGGAAGGAGUUCCUGCAGUUUCUACGUGACGCUUGUGAUGAAGCUGGAGCUCUUCUGGUCUUUGAUGAGGUGCAAUGUGGUUUAGGUAGGACUGGUCAGCUCUGGGCGCACGAACCAUACGGUAUCUUCCCAGACAUAAUGACCCUAGCCAAACCACUGGCAGGUGGACUGCCCAUCGGAGCUGUCCUGCUAACCGAACGAGUCGCCUCAGCCAUCAACUACGGUGACCACGGGAGCACAUUCGCCGGGGGACCUCUCGUCUGCAGCGCUGCCAUUUCCGUCCUGGACAAAAUCUCGAAACCCGGCUUCUUAUCCAGCGUCUCCGAGAAAGGACAGUUCUUCAAGAACCUCUUAACCCAGAAGCUUGGCUCAAACUCCCACGUCAAGGAAAUUCGAGGGCUGGGGCUCAUCAUCGGAAUAGAACUCGAUGUAUCAGCUUCGCCGGUGGUUGAUGCAUGUCGAAACUCGGGCCUCCUGGUGCUGACUGCUGGAAAGGGCAACGUGGUGAGGCUCGUGCCUCCAUUGGUUAUCACUCAGGAGGAACUAAGCCAGGCUGCUGAGAUAUUGGCAAAUGCUUUGCUGGCUCUUGAGUCUUGAUGGACAUGAUUACUAAGUAGCAUGGAUGCAAAUUGACUAAUGUUGUUCUAAUUUUAUAUUUACUUUGGUGGUGGGAUCUGGUUUAAGGUCUUUGGGAAGUAUUAUUGUAAUUUGUGUUAAAUCUAAAUUUGGAGUUAUGAUAAGCUUUGUUUAGAAUAGAGAUGAAUCGGUCUAUACUCUAUAGUCUAUUCGAAUCCUCGUUUCUUCGGUUGGCUAUAAGAUGAGAAGCCUCGAGCGGUACUUCGUUUCCCUCGUGCUUGGUUUGUUAGCUUCGACAGGACAACUUGGCUAGAACUUGUUCGUGAUUUUUGUUUUUUCUUCAUCAGAAACAGGGCAAAACAAGACUACGACACUAUACUAGACCGACACACUGAUGUAGUGAUGUGUAGGCUCUUCUUCCAUCUGAUCUUAUAUCAGAUCCGACAUUAGACUUGCUUGGACAGCUAAUAGAGGUGCAUAAUCUCUUGUCGGCCGGUUAUAGUGGUAAUAAUUGAGGCAAAAUCAAACAAGUUAGCUUCUCAAAGUACAAAUAAUCUGUCUUCAUGUGCCUUCUGUUGGGCCCUGAUAGACCCAAUUAGUAUCCACGAACCAUCUUUUCUUUUCUGCUUGUUUUCAAAAUGUUUCACACGCGAGCUUCAGAAAGAUUGCGACUUUAACCCAAAAGAUUUGUAUAAUAAACGCCUGUGUUUAUC